AUGAAAUGGAAUCUAGGUUAUCUGAGAGCUGGUGAGAAGACCAACCUGGGAGAAACAGGGGAUGAGACUAAAAAGGCCAUGAAUGUGAUCCUUGGUAAGCUGCAGGCCAGUGACUACUUCAACAUCAUCUCCUUUUCUGACACAGUUAGUGUCUGGAAAGCUGGAGGCUCCAUCCAGGCCACCAUUCAGAAUGUCCACAGUGCCAAGGACUAUCUGGGCCACACGGAAGCUGAUGGUUGGACUAACAUCAAUGCAGCUCUGCUGGCAGCUGCUUCAGUGCUGAACCAUAACAACCAGGAGCCUGGGAGGGGCCUCAGUAUGGGGAGGAUCCCUCUCAUCAUCUUCCUGACAGAUAGGGAGCCCACAGCUGGCAUGACAACCCCCAGUGUGAUCCUCUCCAACAUCCAUCAGGCACUGGGCAACAAGGUGUCCCUUUUCAGCUUGGCCUUUGGAUAUGAUGCUCAUUUCCCACUGCUGCAUUGCUUGUCCCCGGAGAACCGAGGAAAAGCCAGGCGCAUAUAUGAGGAUGCAGAUGCAGCCCUACAGCUGAAGGGCCUCUAUGAACAGCUCUCCAUGCCUCUGCUGGCAGACGUACGUCUGGACUACCUAGGUGGCUUGGCUGGGGCCUCCCCUUGGGCACUUUUCCCCAACUACUUCGGUGGCUCAGAGCUGGUGGUGGCAGGUCAAGUGCAGCCAGGUGAGCAGGAACUGAGCAUCCUCCUGGCAGCCCACAGCCCCAAGGGUCAGCUUCUUGUGGCUCGCCACAAUGAAGUGGCCACCAACAGAAGCCAGAAGGUCUUUGGUUGCCAAGGGGAGCCAGCCCCCAGUGUAGCCCACUUUAUACAUCGCCUCUGGGCCUACAUCACCAUUGGAGAGCUGUUGGAGGCACGCUUCCAAGCUCAUGGUGCCACCACUCGCCACCUGCUGGCUGCCAAAGCCCUCAACCUGUCCCUUGAAUACAAUUUUGUCACAUCUCUUACUUCACUGGUCAUGGUGCAGCCCAAAGAAGCCAGUGAGGAACCCAGGAUACAGACUUUCAUCACAGAUAGACCAGGCACCAUCACACCCUCAUCCACUAGCAGGCAUGGCCUAGGGGCAGGCACAGCCCAGCCAACCUUGGUGCCCAAGGUUUCUCCCAAAUCAAGGCUUGUGAAACCAAAGUUCUACUUAACCUCAACUACUCCUGCCUCUACAAGGAAGAUUCCUAGUUCCAAAGAGUUGGAGUCACUGGAUCAGAAACCUAGUACCCUAUCCAACCUCACACACCCAAAGGCCAAAAUCUCAGCACAACAGGAUUCUGGCACCUUGGCUCAGCCAACAUUCAGGACAAAACAUGCUUACCUUGUGCCCUCAAAUUCCAAUGCCCUAUUGCUUCUGAAGCCCAGCAUGCCAUUACACCAGGAUGCUAGUACCCUAUUACCCAUGAAUUCCAAGACACAAGCCUCACUGCUGAAUCCUGGCCCAUCCCAGCCCAAAGCUGGCUCCAUGAAACAAGCUACUCUGCUGCAUUCCAAACCAGGUGUUCCAUCACAACCUAAACUAGAUGGCCUAUCACACCCCCAAUCUGGGAUACUCAUAUCGCAGUCACUCAAAAGCCUGUCACAGCCAAAGCCUGGAGUCUCCACACAUCAGAUCAUCAAAUAUCCACCACAAACCAAAGCAAGUGUUCCUGAUUCCAAGACCCCAAACAACCUGCCAUACCCUGAACCCAGGAUCCUCUUACCCAAGACCUCUAAAAUCCCAUCACCUCUUAAACCCAGUGUCUCGCUUCACCAAACUCCCCUAAGCUUAUUGCUUCCCAAAACUAGGACCCCAGCCCCCAAUAAACCUAAAAUCCCAUUAACCUCCAGAUCUGCCAAAAUCAGGCCCCCACCUCCUCAGAGCCUAAGCACACUCCCAAGCACAAUCUCAAGUCCCACAAGUCCCAGCAGUACCAUGACCAUUUCUGUCCUUGGAGAACCCCUCCCUACUCCCUUUCACCCCACCCCACCCUCUCUGCUACCCCUCGGAAGGCUCUGGCAUUAACAUGACCUACUUCUAGAGCUCCAAGGUACCAGGCAAAUUCUGCAAUCAUCUGUGUCAGAAGUUCCGACAAUGGGCCUACCCAACAGCUCUGGGCCUAUGCCAGAAGGCAGUCCCCCAAACCUGCCUGUCUUGCCACCUUCUAGUGCCCUCCCUGAGGAAGUCAGCCUCCUCCUUCUCCCUGAAUAGCUAGAGCUGCUGCCUGAAUUAGUGGUGGAGUCCAAGUUUGUGGAGUCCUUGAAUACACCAGCUUUCUAUACCUUCCUCACUCCUGACAAAGAUGGAAAUUCACAUUGGGACAGAAAUUCUGAGGAGAUCCUUGGAGGAGCUAGAGGCAGCAUGGAAUCUCAGGGAAGUUCUGCAGGACUGGCAAAAGGCACACUGCCAAGUAUCUUCACUUUCUCAUCCUCAGUGGAUGGGGACCCCCACUUUUUUGUGAUCUACAUCCAACACUCAGAAGAGAGGAUCUGCUUUACACUGGAUGGGUGCCCAGGGGACCUGCUACAGCUCAUAGAUGACCUAAAGGCAGGGCUGCAUGUGCGUGGACAAUUGCUUGGGGCACCAUCAAGGCCAGGCCACAAGGACCAGAUCCGUAUCUACUUCCAGACAAUCACAGUUACUACAGACAAACCCUGGGUCUACACUAUCACCAUCACCCGAAGUUACAUAUCUGUGCAAGGUGAGGGUACCUUGCUCUUGUCCUGGGACCAGCCUGCCCUACUGAAGAAGCCCCAUCUGGAGCUCCAUGUGGCUGCUGCAGCCCGCCUCACCCUCCGCCUUGGACAUCACCUUGAGUUCCUAGUCCUCCGGGACUGCUACCAGAACCCCAGCACCCUGCAACUACCCCACCUGGGGUUCUGUGUAGUCGAUGGUUCAAGUCUCAGCCCCUUGGCCUGUGGCCUGUUGGGGCAGUUCAAGCAUGCAGACAUCCAGCUGGUGGCAGGGCCUAUGGGGCCAACCCUGAGGAGGCAUGAAGGCUCAGAUGUGUCUGUGGUCCUAGGCAAGAGGCUGGUGAAGGACUCACCAAGGCUGCCACCCUUCUGGGCUUCUUGCUGGCUGGUGAAGCACCCUCAUGUACAGCAGCUGCUGGGCCACCCCUACUUUGCCUAUGUCCUGUGA